CGAUGGUGUGCUAUUUGUCAACGAUUGGUUCACAGACCUUGCUAAUUUUAGCUGGGCCGAAGAGUUUAGUGUCUAGAUCAGUCUUAGCUAUCUGAUUUGUUCCAUCAAUUAUGGAGCUACCGACAUUAUAGAUUUUUGAUGGGUGAAUUGAAUGGAAACGAACAUAUUCAUUGGUUUAUCUGAAUUAAUGGCUAGUUGGAAGCUGUCCUGUAUACAUCUGGUGCAAAAGAUGUUCAAUUUUGCCUUUUCCAUUUGUUGAUUCAAUAAGUGGUCUCAUACACUGUAUAUUAGCCAAACUCUGGUGGAGCCAACAAAUGGGGUCACUCCUUACUACAGUUAUUGAAGCAGCUCACCUACAGAGUUAUCACUCAGUUGAUAACAUAGCAAGUUGAGUUUCAUGCCCUUCAUCUAGGAAGGAGAAUCCACGGAUAGAGGUGGCAGGUCAAGCUCAUUAUACUUGGGAUUUAGAUCUAUAUUUGCCAGUUUCUUCUUUAUGUUGUCCCCAUAAGAUUGCAACUGAAUCGUAUUUUUUUUAAAAAAAAUCUUUUUGAGUUCUUAUAAAUUAUAAUGACUACCUGUGAACUGCAUGGUUGUCGUUAGAAAGGUUUUCUAUUAUUUUUGUGUGGCUGACACUCUUGGGAUCAUUGCAAGAGAAGUGAAGGGGGUGUUUGGGCUUUUUCGAUUACUUAUUUUAUGGUGCUUUAUAUAUAUUUGCUACAAAACUUGGUUUUACAUUGGAAAUGCAGCUCCUAGGGACUAGUUUUCAAUAGGAUGUUCACACAAAUUUUAAGAAAUUUUAGCAGAAAUUAUUGGAAUUUUUUUUUUUCUUCUUUCCAUUAAUGGUCUAAAAAUCAUGGAAAAACUAUGUAGAUGCUUGUAAGAAACUUUUCAACCAUGCUGGGAAACAAUGGAAAAUGUAUGGAAAAUGCUUCCCACAAAAUCAUCUCUUUAGCUAUACUCUUGAAGCAUUUUUUUUUUCAAUUAGAGUUGUUACUACUUUUUAAAUUAUUUCCUGGAGUUUUAAUGUGACAUUUUUAUUGUUUUUUUCAACAAAUUUCUUAUAAACAAAUUGGAGCGCAGGUAUGCAUGUUUAAAAUGUUCAUUCCUCUAGCAUAUACCAUGAUCAAAUUUUGUAGUUGUGCUCUCGAGUAUAGGCCCUUUGUGGCAAUGUCUAGUAUGGUUGGUGUUGCAGACUGUCCUCAUACCUGAAAUUGGAAAACUGAUGGUUAUGAGAGCUUGAUGUACAUAGUUUGGUCCAUAUGCGCUUUGCUUUUUGGGCAAUUGGUUAUCAAACACAGUAUCUGAAAUUUAGUUUCAAGAGGUAUUAGUUCAAGUCUCCUACUAUGUGAUUGGUCCCCCAUUAUUUAUGUCUAUUAGUGUGCGCUUUGUUCCUUGUGUAUUUAUGUUCCUUCUUUGGUUCAGUUUGCAUCUUAGCUUGUCUAACCUCAUGUGAGGGAAGGUACGAGAUUUUCAUAUACAUUGUUGGACCAUCCCUAAUAGCUUAAGCUUUUGUUCCAACUGGUUCCUACCAAUUGCAACAUGCUUCUGGUAGUAGAUAAGCUGCAAUCUACUGGUAAAUCUAAAAGAGAUGGUUGGAGGACAGAGUUGCCAAGGGCAGGCUUUGGAGUGGGAGUCCUAGAAACAAUGAAAGAUGCGAAAAGAAAAGAUGUGGCUUGGCAAGGCAAAUGUUCUGGUACAGUCUACAUUGGAGGAAACGAGGCUGAAGGGCAUUUUUCUUUGAUAAAUGAGGCAUGUUCAAUGUUUGCACAUACCAAUCCACUGCAUACGGAUGUGUUCCAGAGUGUUGCUCGGUAUGAAGCAGAAGUGGUUGCGAUGACAGCUGCGCUACUAGGAGGUAAAGAAAAAGCUUCUGGAGGCCAGAUAUGUGGAAACAUGACAUCUGGAGGAACUGAGAGUAUAUUGUUAGCAGUGAAAUCAUCACGUGACUUUAUGAAAGCUAAACGAGGAAUUACAAUGCCAGAAAUGAUAAUACCUGAAUCUGCACACUCAGCAUAUGAUAAAGCAGCACAAUAUUUCAAAAUCAAGUUGCGGCGUGUACCCGUGAACAAUGAAUUUCUGGCAGAUGUCAGAGCUAUUAAACGAUGUAUAAACAGAAAUACCAUAUUGAUUGUUGGAUCGGCACCUGGGUUCCCACAUGGGAUCAUUGACCCUGUUGAGGAGCUUGGUGAACUAGCUUUUGGUUCUGGGGUUUGUUUCCAUGUUGACCUUUGUCUUGGAGGUUUUGUAUUGCCUUUCGCUCGUAAACUUGGGUACCCUAUUCCACCUUUUGAUUUUUCUGUCAAAGGAGUUACCUCAAUAUCAGUGGAUGUGCACAAGUAUGGGUUGGCUCCCAAAGGAACAAGUGUGGUCCUAUACAGGAAUCAUGACAUUCGAAAGCAUCAAUUUGUUGCUGUUACUGAGUGGUCUGGUGGGCUUUAUGUGUCUCCAACCAUCGCUGGAAGCAGGCCAGGGAGUUUGAUUGCCGGGGCUUGGGCAGCAAUGAUGUCUUUAGGAUUUGAAGGUUACUUGGAGAAUACAAAAGAGAUCAUGGAAGCAUCAAAGAGAAUACAGAAAGGGAUAAAGGAGAUUCCUGAGUUACAUAUUGUUGGAAGGCCAGACAUGACAAUUGUGGCAUUUGGAUCUAAUGUUGUAGAUGUAUUUGAAGUCAAUGACAUUAUGUCAUCUAAAGGCUGGCAUUUGAAUGCAUUACAGAGACCCAACAGCAUUCAUAUCUGUGUGACCCUUCAACAUGUUCCAAUGGUUGAAGACUUCCUGAAGGAUCUGAGGAAUUCCGUGGAAACUGUAAAAGCAAACCCGGGUCCCAUAAGCGGAGGGCUUGCUCCAAUAUAUGGUGCUGCUGGGAAGAUGCCGGAUAGAGUUAUGGUUCAGGAGUUGUUGGUGGAUUUCAUGGACAGUUCAUGCUAGUGGCAUUAUUGUAAUCUUGUUUCAAUUCUGCACUUUAUUUCAUUUGUUUCUGUUGUUGUUGUUGUUGUUCCAUAAUUCUUUGGUAAAGAAGUUUUCUGCUGCUUAUAUGUACACCAGUUCUACAUAAAAUUAUUUCUCAUCUUAAAUUCAAGAAAAUAUGUUCUUAUAAAAGU